AUGACAACAAACGCAAGCCACAUUCUCCAUCCAAGAAUGAAUCAACUUAGCUGCUUAGCUGACUGAAACUGCUCUGACUUCACUCUCGAAACUAAUUGCACGUCUUACCCGCUCGAUUGACGCCAUGGCCAGUUCCAUGGGCGUCAUAAAGUUUGCACAGCUGCAGAGCGUGCUGGACGUGUCGUUCUUGGCGGAGCUGACGGACCUGAAGCUCAAUGUGCUCAAACUGUCCGAGGAGCCCGUCGAAGUCGUCGGCUACUUCAGUCCCAACCGCUAUGACAGUGUUCCGGCCCGACUGACACUGGACGUGUCCAGUCUGACGCCCGCCGCCAGCAGCCGACUGGACUGCCACGCGGCGCCCGGGCGGCUGGUGCUGUACAACACCAUUGAGGGAUUUCGUGGCGCCGACAAACCCGCACUCAUGCGCCGGGUGGCCGCCGAGGUGUGGGCGGACAUUUGCAGCGGCGCGGCGGAGUCGGAGCCGUGGCGGCUGACACGGUUCCUGGUGCUCAUGCAUGGCGACCUCAAACACUACAAGUUCAACUACUGGUUCGCCUUUCCCGCGCUCAAGCCCCCCGCGCCCUUCACCUCCCCGGAGCUGCCGCCCACGCGCCUGGCAGACGCCCUGCCGCCCGCAGCCGUGGAGGCGGUGACGGAGGCGUGCCGCCUUUGGCGCUACCCGCCCACAGACCCCGCCUCCGGCCUGCCGCCGGCCCAGCAGGCCCCAGCGGCUGACGUGGACUUUGACGUGGCGGCGGCGGCGCCGCCGCCCGCCAACCCUGGCACGGCAGCAUCUGCAUCUGCAGCUGCCGCGGCUGACAUCGCCGCCACGCCGGCCGAGGUGCUGGCGCGCACGCCGCCGCCCUUCUGGCUGCUGUGCAGCCCGCACCCCGACUUCGCCGCGCACGUCACCGCACACCCGCUCAGCGACUGGGCCCGCCUGACGGGACCGGAGCCGGAGGCCGCGGCGGCGCCGGCGGCGCCGGCGGCGCCAGCCGUGGCGGCGGCGUCUGGGGAGCCGGGGCUAGAACAGGAGGCGCAGGGGCUGGGGCACGGGCAGGGGCAGGGGCAGGCGGGAGGCGGUGGAGGCGGAGGCGGAGGUGGAGGAGGAGGAGGGGCCGGCGGGCGGCAUGUGCUGGUGGUGGUGUCUGACGGCAGCCACCUGCCCGACUGCCCCGCCUGGCAGCUGCGCAACCUGCUGCUGAUGGCGGCGGUGCGGUGGCGCGUGCCGGAGCUGCGGGUGCUUUGCCUGCGCGAGAGCAGCCGCGGCGGCGGCCGCCUGGACCCGCACCGCUCCCUGCUGCUGCACGUCUGCCUGCCCUCCCUCCCCUCCCCCGCCCCAACCCCAUCCCAAGCACCCGUACCCCCGCCCCAAGCCCCCACGCCCUGCCCGGACGCUGUGGGCUGGGAGCCCGACGCCGCCGGUGCGCUGCGGCCUCGCUUCCUAGACCUGGGCCCGCACCUGCGCCCGGAGGCCCAGGCGGAGCAGGCGGUGGACCUGAACCUGCGGCUGAUGCGGUGGCGGGCGGCGCCGGAGCUGGACGUGGGGGCCAUGGCGGCGACCAAGUGCCUACUGCUGGGCGCGGGCACUCUGGGCUGCGCGGUGGCUCGCACGCUGCAGGCCUGGGGCGUGCGUCACGUCACGCUGGUGGACAGCGGCCGCGUGGCCUUCUCCAACCCCGUGCGCCAGUCGCUGUUCAACUUUGAGGACUGCCUGGGCGGCGGCAGGCCCAAGGCUCAGGCUGCUGCGGAGGCUCUGCAGCGCAUCUUCCCCUCCGCCGUCACACGCGGCGUUGACCUGUCCAUCCCCAUGCCCGGACACCCGCCGGCGGGCGCCGCGCAGGAGGAGGCCAUGCGGGAGGCGGCGGCGCAGCUGGACGGCCUGGUGUCCUCCCACGACGCCGUGUUCCUCCUGACUGACACACGCGAGAGCCGCUGGCUGCCCGCACUGCUGGCCGCCGCGCACGGCAAGCUCGCCAUCACCGCCGCCGUCGGGUUCGACUCCUUCCUAGUCAUGCGGCACGGCGCGCCGCCAGGCGCCGCCAACGCACCCGCCGCCGCCGCCGUAGGCGGCGGCGGCGGCGGCGGCGGCAGUAGCAGCGCAGCUGCUACUGCCUCUGGCGGCCGGCGGCUGGGCUGCUACUUCUGCAAUGACGUGGUGGCUCCGGCGAACAGCACCCGCGACCGGUCGCUAGACCAGCAGUGCACGGUGGCGCGGCCGGGCCUGGCGCCGGUGGCGGGCGCGCUGGCGACGGAGCUGCUGGCGGCGGUGGUGCAGCAGCGCGAGGGCGUGUGCGCGCCGCCGCCCAGCGUGCAGCAGCGGGACGGCACGGUGCCGCCGCUGGGCUCGGCGCCGCACAUGGUGCGCGGCCAGCUGGCGUCAUUCAGCCAGGUGUGCAUGGAGGGCUGGGCGUUCGGGCAGUGCACGGCCUGCAGCGCCGCGGUGGUGGAGGCCUACCGCCGCCGCGGCUGGGGGCUGGUGGCGGAGGCGCUGGCCUCGCCGGCCUCUCUGGAGGCGCUGACGGGGCUGGAGGAGCUGCAUGCGGCGGCGGCGGCGGCGAUGAUGAUGGAUGAUGAGGAGAGUGAGGAGGAGGAGGGGGGGAAGGAGGAUGGGAAGGAGGAAGAGGGGGAGGGGAAGGGGGAGGAGGAGGAGGGGAAGGGGGAGGGGGAGGAGGAGGAGGGGAAGGGGAAGGGGAAGGAGGAGGGGAAGGAGGAGGGGAAGGGGGAGGGGAAGGGGGAGGUGGGCAAGGAGGAGGAGGGGAAGGAGGGGGAGGAGGGGAAGGAGGGGAAGGAGGAGGAAGGGGAGGGGGAGGAGGAUGACGACUGGACGGCAUUGUAGGAGGGUGGUAGGAGGUGGUAGGGUAGGGCGGUGGCCGGCGUGUGUCAGCACGAUAGGUAGGUAUGUGUGGCAGAGUUGAGUGCGUGGACUAUUGAAGGGGCAAGUAUGGUAAGCAGCUUGAGUUUGGGCCGGGGCUUGGAGCUAGCCACACAGACCUGGAGUGGGACUGCGCCUCCCUCCGCGCCUGCUGCUGGGUACCGCCCCAGCUUCAGCAGCGUUCCCCGACAUGCGAGGACGACAGGAGGGUCCCGUGCAACGUGUAACUUUAGCGACUGGAGGAAAGAAGAGGCAGGGGAGGACGUGACCGACAUGUGGGAACGUCCAUGACAAGAUGGUUCCC